AUGCAGAACGACGCCGGAGAACUUGUUGAGCUCUACGUGCCGCGAAAAUGUUCGUCCUCGAACCGCAUCAUCGCCGCCAACGACCACGCUUCCAUCCAGAUGGAUUUUGUCGACGUUGAUCCCGAGACUGGCCGCAUGAUCCCCGGAAAGGUAACCCGCUACACGAUCGCCGGCAGCAUCCGACGCAUGGGCGAGGCUGACGACUGCCUUCUUCGACUGGCCAAGCGCGAUGGAUUGGUGCCAGCUGACAAC